UUCGGGUUGUGCCCUCAGCCUUCACAGCAAACACAAUCUGAGCUGAGGAUGCCAGAGUAUUUUUCUCACUGACAUUCUACUUCCUACGUGUUCUCAGAUUCCCUGGACCAGGAUCCUUUGUAUAAGUCACAGAAUCGGGGGGGGUCUGAGGAUCUCCUGCCUCCUUAAGAUCUGGCAACAGAGCCAAGGAGAGAGAUGCAGGCACAGCGGAGAACUAGCCGAAAAGGACAAUGGGAGGGCCACAGAGAACACCUAGGAUCGUGGACAAACGUAGCCUAGGCCAACAGAGUGGGUGAACCAUGGACAACAUGGUGGCCCCUGGUGUGGCCUUGUAGCUCUUCUCUUCCCACGCCCAUCUGGCGAAUAUCCCUAAGAGUAACCUCCCCUCUGCUCAGAUUGGUCUAGGCCCUGACGCCUGACACUCCCCAACUGUUGUCACUUUUGUUUCCUCGGCCUGGCCAGCCACUCCCACUUAUUCCUCCAUUGGCUGGGCCUGGCCCGGUGGCCCCACUUGGCCACAGGACUGUCAUCUCCCGAGUGACCUCCAGAGAUGGGCCAUCCCAGCGCCCCUGCUCAGCAGCCGGCAGUAGCUUGCCGCCCAACCCCCCCGCUGAAAAGCGAUCUAGGGCUCAAGCUCUCGGGCCAACAGGCCUGUAUGUCCCUGGCGGCCCUCCAGGCUGACCGCACCCUGGAGCCCCGCCUCCAGCCCACUAUCCUCGCGGCCCGAGGGAACACCCCCCGACCCAGGGCUGUGAUCGGGGAGGUAAAGAAACAUCCGCGACCGGGGCCGGGGCGCGGGGCGAAGCUGUGCCCGCGUGCCGUCAGCUAAAGGCCGCAGACCUUCAGGGCGACUCAGCUCCCAGCCUCGGAGAUCCGGAGACACUCAGGAAGUUUUCCGGACCCGCUCGUGAGGGAGGAACCCAACUCGCCGGGGCGGGAACCCGCGACGCCGGCAGGGAGCUCGGGGCCUGACCUCACAGAGAGAGAACCGAGGAGGCUGGGGGGAGCGGCGCCGCUCACGCCCGGAAUUCGUGCGGCGCGCGCUGAUGGCGUCACUGCGCGCCCGGCCGGCGCAGGCCCGCGCAUGCGCUCGGUCGGCAAUCUGAAGGCCCCUCCUGCUCACUGCCGUCAGACCCAGGUCCUCGGAGCGGAUCGCCUGUGCCCCGACCUCGUCUGCAGCCUCCAACAGUCAGCGCUCGGCCGGCGCAGCCACCAUCGCCCACCCUCCCCAACGUCCAACGCCCACGCUGGACGCUGCCACGGGCGCUCCUGACGCGCCUGCCUGAGGCUCACCCCUGUAUCUUCCUCCCCGUGCAGCUUUUUGCUCUAAAGUCCCCAGUCUCAGCCACGGGAAAGGACAUAGGGUCGCGGGAUGGGACCAGGAGGUCCACCAGCCUCUCCACUGAUGGCGCCGCCCAGUCCUCCACUAAUGGCCUGCCUGGCCAUCUCCAGCCCAGCCACCUGUUUCCAAUCGUGGACUCAAGGAGCCAGAGGAAGCCAGGCAGCUCCUUCAACACCCCCGCUGGGCAUCUCCGUAGCUACAUCAUCUGCCUCACCAGGCGCGCGACUACCGUGGCCGCUGAGGCUGGGGCCCGCGGCGCCCUUGCCCUUGGCCGCACCCACCGGGGGCUCCGGGGCGCCGCCCGCCGCGGGCGGUCCUGGUUCACAGCGGCGCACGCGGCGCCACCGCACCAUCUUCAGCGAGGAGCAGCUGCAGGCGCUGGAAGCGCUCUUCGUGCAAAACCAGUACCCCGACGUGGGCACUCGCGAGCGCCUGGCCGGCCGCAUUCGCUUGCGCGAAGAGCGCGUGGAGGUGGGUGCCUGCAGCCUUGGAAGAGUCGGCCUCGCGUGGCGGGCGGAGGCGCACAGGCCCCGGGAAAGCAGGGGCGCCGGGUCUGGUUCAAGAACCGCCGGGCCAAGUGGCGACACCAGAAGCGCACAUCGGCGUCCGCGAGGCUCCUGCCGGGAGCCAAGAAGCCCCCGAAGGAGAGCUGCUGACGGCUGCAGAGUUACUCCUGGGCUCGGUGGCACCUUAUGGGGCCGGCUCAGGGAGAGGACAGACCUACCCUAAUAGGAGUUGGGAGAGGACGCCAGCCUCUAACCUGGUGUCUGCCCAGUUGCCUGCGUCCUGGAGCUCAACGCGGGAGCCCCUCUGCGUGUGUCCCCGCGCCACCCGCCCCGCGGAAGGAGAGCGCACCGAUGCUCCGUGCUCCAUGCGCCUUCCCUCCCAAGCGCAAGCGGGCAGGAGGGCCGGGGAGACUCGGGGGUGGGGUGCGGGGCACAGAGCAGAUCAACUUCCUCAAUCCCCCACCACACCCCAGGAGGCACCAAGCCACCCCAGGACAGGAGCCACCCCUUGUCAACAGUGGCACCCAGCGUCCUCAUCCCCGCCCACUUCCUGCUGGCCUCAGUCAUCUCCUCAGCAGGGACGCAGCCCCCUUGACUGGCCUAGAACCCUCCAGAGGCUGGGCGGGUGGGGUCUCUGCGUCCUGGGGCUGGUGCCAGGGGCCUGGGCGUCCUGACCCGCGGAAUAAGAAGGCUGGGGGAGGUAAUCUCCAAGCCCCGUUCCUGCUGCUCAAUCUUGUGAGUCUUGUGUGGAUACUGAGAAAUAAACAAGCUACUACAAGCUCUGAGAAAGCA